CCCUCCGCGCCUCUCUAUCCCGCGCUUCCGGCCGCGCGACUUCCGCCCGGCCCGGUGGGAGGUUCCGCCGCCCUCGCCUCGCACCGCUCGGCCCCUCCCGCCUCCGCCCCGUGCGCUCCGGUCCCGCCGCCGCCUCCCCCUCCGCCCAGGGCCGCCGCGCCGGGGGACGGGCCUGCCGGGGGAGGCCGCUCCGCCGCCAUGGGCGCCUACCUGUCGCAGCCCAACACGGUGAAGAGCUCCGGGGACGGGGCCGGGCUCGGGCCGCGCCCGCUCCACUUCGGCUUCAGCGCUAUGCAGGGCUGGCGCGUCUCCAUGGAGGAUGCCCAUAACUGCAUACCUGAGCUGGACAGUGAAACAGCCAUGUUCUCCGUCUACGAUGGACACGGAGGGGAAGAAGUUGCCCUAUACUGUGCCAAGUAUCUCCCUGACAUCAUCAAAGACCAGAAGGCCUACAAGGAAGGCAAAUUGCAAAAAGCCCUGGAAGAUGCUUUCUUAGCCAUAGAUGCCAAGCUGACCACGGAGGAGGUGAUUAAAGAGCUCUCUCAGAUGGCUGGACGACCCCAAGAUGAUGAAGAUGAGAAGGAGAAAGUUGCUGAUGAAGAUGAUGUGGAUAAUGAGGAAGCUGCUCUUUUGCACGAAGAAGCCACAAUGACCAUAGAGGAGCUUCUCACACGUUAUGGACAAAACUGCUCCAAGAACCUCAAAAACAAGUCUUUAGCUUCAGCUGGGGAGAACGCUGCAGAGGGGACAGGCAAGCAGCAUGAUGGGGAGUCAAAUAUGAAUGGAGAGGCUGACCUGGGGGAGCUUUCCGACCACAAGGAGAGGAAGAAUGGGAAGCCAGAUGAAGAAAUCACGGGUAUUUCCUCCACCUCAGACAAAGCCAGCUCUGGAGGCAACAGCCCUGCUCUGCAGAAGCCUGACCUAGGCAAAGGUGACGAGGCCGUCACCUCUUCUACUGGGGAGGCCGGGCCCUCCUGCUCCUCCACGGGAAAGCCUCAGCGCACAACCAAAUCCAAAUUUUUUGAGGACAGUGAGGAUGAGUCAGAUGAGGUUGAGGAAGAGGAGGAAGACAGUGAGGAAUGCAGUGAAGAUGAAGAUGGUUACAGUAGUGAAGAGGCAGAGAAUGAAGAUGAUGAGGAUGACACUGAAGAAGCAGAGGAGGAUGAGGAUGAAGAGGAGGAAAUGUUGUUACCAGGCAUGGAGGGGAAAGAGGAGCCUGGUUCUGACAGCGGGACAACCGCCGUGGUGGCCCUGAUCCGGGGCAAGCAGCUGAUUGUGGCCAACGCCGGAGACUCCCGCUGCGUGGUGUCUGAGGGGGGCAAAGCUGUUGACAUGUCCUAUGACCACAAACCCGAGGAUGAGGUGGAGCUGGCCAGAAUAAAGAACGCUGGUGGCAAGGUCACCAUGGAUGGGAGAGUGAAUGGUGGCCUCAACCUCUCCAGGGCCAUCGGGGAUCACUUCUACAAGCGGAACAAGAACCUGCCUCCAGAAGAACAGAUGAUCUCUGCCUUGCCUGACAUCAAAGUGCUGACAAUAAACGAUGACCACGACUUCAUGGUCAUUGCCUGUGAUGGCAUCUGGAAUGUGAUGAGCAGCCAGGAAGUGGUGGAUUUCAUCCAGUCCAAGAUCACCCAAAAGGAUGAGAACGGAGUCCUGAGGCCGCUCUCCUCCAUUGUAGAAGAGCUGCUGGAUCAGUGUUUGGCUCCGGACACCUCAGGGGAUGGCACUGGAUGUGACAACAUGACCUGCAUCAUCAUCAGCUUCAAACCCCGUAACACACACCCGCCUGCCGAGAGUGGGAAGCGGAAAUUGGAGGAGGUGGUGGCACCAGUGGCACCACCGGAGGAGAAUGGUGGUGACACCAGCACCAAGAAGGCCAAACUGGAGUAGCAUGGCCUGGCACAGGGACUUUGCUGUGCACUCACCAGACUCUCGUUUCUUAAACAUGCUGAACUCAAGGCUUCACAGAAGUCUUGUCCUUUUUUUAGCCUUAGCAGAGGCCUUGUCAUGUCCGUGUCCUGGUUGGGGGGUGGGGGGCGGGUCUGGUUAGCAAGGGCAUGGGGCACCCUUCAUCAUCUGUAACCAUUCCAAAGAGGGAGUGGAGGGCAGAGCUGCACGGAGCCGCAGGCAGCCCCUCGGAAAGCCCCGCCAUUAACAGGAGGAUGUCCCCCAUUGUCUCCAUGUGGUUGUUGCCAUUUCUGUGCCUGUGAAUUUCUGUUCGGAGGAAAAGAACUUUUUUCACUGUUGAGGUUUUUUUUAAUCUGCACCCCAAUUAUUUAAGGCCCUUUCUGGUUUUAUUUGUGAAACAAUCUGGCUGUGGUGGUGCUGCCACAACCUCAUUCUGUUGUACACUUUCAAUCAAUACUUUUUUCAGACUAAAACCCCAGAAAACAUAGUCAUACUUUUGGUCGUCAGUUCUUUCCUGGAGGUAUCAGGGGUGAGGAAGGUGGGAUGGGAUGGGAGGAGAACAUCUGUCCCUGGUGCCACAGGGUACCAGUGCUGGGCCUCUCCCUAACCCUAGGAUGGCUGAGCUGGGGACAGGGGAGGGGCUGCGGAUCAUCCACAGGAGCUGUGGAGCUGCUGCUCAGGCUGUGUCUGUGCUCAGUAACUUUCUGGAUGAGCUGAUGCAUUUCCCUGAAUUCCCAAAAUCAUUCUAAUUAGAAAAGACCUUUAAGAAAAAUGGCAUCUUCCAUUUGCUGCCAGAUGCGUUUGUGUCGUGGCCCCCCUGGCUGAGGGGCAGCUCAGUGCCUGAUGCUUCUGCCCUGCUACAAAUGCACCAGCCAAGCUGCCCCCAGAUUUUGAACAGACAAUUUUUGCAGGAAUGAGCAGAAUUAUUUCUUCCAGUCCUAAACUAGUUUGUUAUUUCUGAAGUCCUCAAGUUUUCACGUCUGUUUUGGAACAGAGACAUCAGCAAUGCUGUAGAGCUUUGUGCUCAAGAAUAAAUCCCAGUCUCUAGCUGC